UACUUCGAUUUAUGCAAUUUGUUGGAGUGAAGUUGUAAUCUCAUCGCUCUUAUUGUGAUCGGGUGUUGGUGGCGGUUUAUUUUUAUUCCGGUAGACCAUAACAAUAAGUGGUCGACCUCUUUGUUAAGGUAUGUCUCGUAUGUGCUUGUUAAUGGUUGUAUGUGGUUAAAUUUUUCCCUAAUUAGGUCGACCUUACAGUAAAUUCAGGUCGACCUCAUCUUUGUUAUUUAGUAAUAAGGUCGACCGUACAGUUCAUUCAUGUCAACCUGGCGAGAGCUAAUUGUGUAUGUUUUUUACAUUAAAUUUGUAUUCUGAUCGUUGCAGGAUGGAUAACAGAGAUGAUACAGAUGAUAGAGAUGAUGAUGAGGUUAACUUCGAUGAGGAACCUAAGGAUGCUCGAGAAGGAGCUAAGGAUAAUUCAGAUGAUACAGAUAAUACGGAUGAUGAAGUGGUUGGGGAUGAUAAUGAAACCGAGGGUGCUAAAGAAGAAUUUAUGGAUGAUGAAGAAGCUACUGAAUAUGAACAACAAAUUCCUUCCAUGGAGUUCCAAACAUUAGAAGAUGCAGAGAAAUUUUACGAUUCUUAUGCUAAAGCGAAAGGAUUUAGCGUUCGACGUAGAGAUCUUCGGAGGAGUCGUCGAGGAGUAGCAAUUGGGAGGACAAUGGUAUGUUCGAGAGAGGGGACUAGAGAGAAGAUGCAUAUAGAUAAAGAAGGUCGGACUCGACAACAUCGUAAGAUGACAAGACAUUCUUGCAAGGCAUCGUAUACUGUACGCUUUGAUCGGAAUAAGAAAACGUGGGUUGUUUCUAAGUUUGAUAGGAAGCACUCACAUCGUUGCUGCAAUGAAGAAGAAACUCAAUUCCUUCGGUCUCAUCAAAAUGUGAGUGAAGGAGACAAGGCUCUGGCGAUAGGGAUGCGACAGUCAGGAAUAAAACAACGCAACAUUGUUCAAUUCAUGAAGAAUAAAGUUGGAGGAUAUGAGAAUCUGGGGUACACUCCAAAGGAUUUGGACAAUUCUGUUCACCAAUCCCGAAUAGUUGACGACGAUCUAAUAGGAGAUGUUAACCGAACAUUAGGUUACUUGCAAAGUAAACAUACCUCUGAUGCGGGCAGCUUCUUCAAGUACACAACCAACGAUGAAGGUGAAUUAGACAAUCUCUUCUGGUCGGACUCCACAUCUAGAGCAGAUUACCAUUUUUUUGGGGAUGUCUUGGCGUUCGAUGCAUGCUACAAGCGCAACAAGUACAAUCGACCAUUUGUUAUGAUGGUUGGUGUAAAUCACCACCACCGUAACAUCAUUUAUGGUUUUUCCCAGUUGGAUAACGAGACAAUCCCCAACUAUGUUUGGUUGUUGAAUACUUUUCUGGAGUGUAUGAACUCUAAGAUUCCAACUUCAGUGAUCACAGACGGAGACAAGUCUAUGCGUGGUGCCAUUGCUACUGUUCUGGUUGGAGUGCCUCACCGUCUGUGUAUUUGGCAUAUUGAGACAAAUGCGACAACGACCGUUCAUAAUAAGGAGUUCGUUAGCGCAUUCACUUACUUGGAGAAAGCACGUAUAUCGAUUGAGGAGUUUGAGAGGCGUUGGGAGCAUUUGAUUAGUGAGCAUGGUUUGUCUGCAAAUAAGUGGUUGCAGGAUUUGUACGUUGACAAAUUACUGUGGGCAGAGGCAUACUUGAAGGAUAUUUAUUUCGGUGGACUCCAAUCAACCUCGCGAUGUGAGUCAUGUAACCAUUUGAUAAAUGGGUAUGUGGGAACUCAAUACAGCUUGCAACGUUUUGUUCAGGGCAUUGAUGAAGCACCGGAGGGGAUGCGUUUCACGGAGGUGCAUGAUGAUUAUACUUCUAGGCACACGAGGUUGGUCUGCAAGCAUGCCCUUCGCACUUGGGAAAUGCAAGCUGAAAUUAUCUACACACAUCGUACAUUUGCUAUCUUCAAGUCUGAACUAGAGAAUGAAGCUUCUUAUGUAUUAGCGGAGAGAAGAAAUGAAUCAGAUGGGACAGAGACAUUCAUUCUGAAGAACUACAUGAACCCAGAUCGGAUAAGGCGGUUAACAUUUACCAAUGUUCAAGAAGACGCUAGGCACUAUCUAGACGAGGAGGCACCGCCCAGCGCCCAUGCCGAUUAAUCGUUGUCUAGGCGAGAUUAAACGUUGCAAAAAAAUAUGAUAGAUUAGCCAUAUUCCACAAAAACCCAAGUUUUCAUAUCAUUAUUCAUCCAUUCAUAUUCACAUACAACCCUUUUCCACAAUCCCAAACAUCCCAAGUCGCCAACAAUGAGGAGGGAUCUCACUGCUGGUCGAUGAGGGGGAGAGGCUGGUUGAAUGGAAAUGGGAAAUAGAAUACGGUUUGGGAUUUUCAAAAAAAGGCUACACUUUCCCCCUUUAUUAGUUGUUAUGGGCGUCGCCCACUAGAGUGAAAACGCGCCUCCGAGUGCCUAGGUGCCUAGAUCAAUCGCCUAGGGCUAGACGGGGCGAUUUCGUCCUGCCCAGCUAUUAAUCGCGCAUAGGCGAGAGAUUAAUCGCGUCUUCUUGAACACUGACAUUUACUACGUCCAAUCAAUAUCUAAAAUGCGAGUGUGCAUUAUUUGAAUCUAAGGGGUUUCCAUGCAGACAUAUGCUUACAGUAAUAAAAAAUAUAGGAUACACCGCACUACCCUCCUCGUGGUUCAAGCUUCGAUGGACCCAAAAUGCGAAGACAAUGAAUCGUUAUCCUGGAGUUGGAGGUGAUGUGGGAGAGAAAGUUGGUCGACUGAUAAGACAUGGAGGAUUGGCUCUAAAGUGUAAGCGUUUGUGUGACAUCGCGUGUGGUAGUGAAGCUGCUUUUAAUCAUGUCUCUAAGACGUUGGACGACCUAACUCAAUGGGCAAUUGAGUUCGCGAGGGAGAGAACGGACAACACCACACCGGCAAACCCUCCAGCACCCCUUCGAAGUGUGAAAGAUCCAAAAAUUGGGAAGACCAAGGGGACAUUCAAGUCAGCACGAACUGCAUCGGGCAAAAGUUUAAGAAAGUGUUCGAAAUGUGGGAAAUAUGGUCAUUUUCGCCAUAAGUGCCCGAAACAAAGUCCCAAAAAAGGAUCUUAAAUUUCUACUAUUGUUAUUUAGGAGUUUAUUUAUUUUUUUAUAACUGUGAUUGCAUUGUAUUUUCUUCGAAUUAUCUUAAUAAUUUAUGAGUUAAUUGAUUGUUGGUUGAAAAAAACAAUAGCAAUAAAACGGUCGACCUCAUAUAAAUAACGGUCGACCUGACCAUAAACGGUCGGCCGAACAAGUUACUGAGGUCGACCGCGUAUUUAAUUCGGCCGACCAAACCGGUUUGUUUGCAACAUCCACCCAAACCUCCCCCAAUCCUCUAUUUAAGAAACCCUCCCCCAUUCAUUCUACACCACAAUCAGACCCUAUCCCACCACAUCCACUCAUUCUUCCUCUCCUUUCCCUUCUUCAUCUUCUUCUCCAAUUUCCAAAAUCUCCAUUUUCCAAAAACUCAAAGGAACCUCCAUUUCAUUCAUCCUCAUCACUUAGAAGAAGAACAAGGUAUAACUUUCAAUCUUCUUUUCAUUUGAUUCGAUUUUUGUCUUCUUCUUUGGUAGAUUAGAUUGUUUUGAAAAAAUAUAAAGAUGGAAAAGAGGG